UUCAAUCUCAAAUUCAUCCAUCACAUUUUACUAAAUAUUUUCAUAUUCACAAAUAAAUUCAUUCCUUUCUCUUUUACUUUCAUUUUAUUUUUUUUACAUAAACUCAAAAAACAAAAAUGGCAAAGAUUGCUUUGGUUAUUGUUUUGAUCUCAAUGAUCGUGGUUGUUUCAAUCCAUUCCGUCGUUGGUGACACCGCCGCAACGUCACCUACAGCAUCAACAGAAUCAAACGCUGCAAAAGCUGAGGCACCAGGUCAUGAGGGACACGAUAGUUCCAAUGAAUCAUGGACCGACUGGGCCAAGGACAAGAUCAGCGGUAUUGGGGGCAUGUUCGCUUCUUCACCAUCAUCCUCACCAGCAUCGGAACCAGCACCAACACCAGCAAGCUCAUCAGCGGAAACACCCGAAGUCAAGGUUUGAGCUGCACCUGUAGCCACAAGCUUGGUUUAAUAUGGGAUAUCAAAGCAUGGUUCUCAUCCUAUAAUAUAGAGAUUGAUGGGAAAAGCACUAUCACUAUCACUAUCACUACUUUUUUUUUUUUUUGGAUCAAACCUUUCAUGUGGUUUGAACCCAUUGUUAAUAAAAUGUUAUAAUAAUAAGAAUGCAAAUAUUAUUAUCUUUUCAUUUCA